AUGGGAAUCAGUCGACUUGACCUAUCCUGUCAGUUUUCAAUGAACGUUGCUCGGAGCGGCAGUUUAAUGUACAUGUCAGUCUCUUUAAGGAAACGUCGCAGAGUUGAUCGCCAAUUCAACGUUCUCAGUCUCUCGUCCCCUUUCGCUCUCUCCCUCGCUCCUUCUCCCUCUUUAUACCUCUCCCUCUCUCACUCUAUAUCCCUCACUCCUUCCUUUCCUCAUCCACACUUUUCGCUCCCUCUCCCACCUUUUAUUUUCCCACUCUUUCUACCUCUUAGUCCCUCUCUCCUCCCUCUAUCUCCCUCACUUCUUCAUUCACUCUUUCUCCCUCCUACAUUCCCUUUCCUUCCCACUCUCACCAUUUUCUCACUCUUCCUCUCACUCCUUUUCUCCUCCCUUUCUUUCUUACUCCCCUCUUCUCUUUAUUUCUUUCUAUCUAUCUAUCUAUCUAUCUAUCUAUCUAUCUAUCUAUCUAUCUAUCUAUCUAUCUAUCUAUCUAUCUGUGCAGUUGAAACCACAUGUUUACACAUAGAUUUGCUAUCGGAAUCUGUCCAUAUCUAUCUAUCUAUCUAUCUAUCUAUCUAUCUAUCUAUCUAUCUAUCUGUCCGCUUGUCUACUGAACAUCUAUCUAUCUAUCUAUCUAUCUAUCUAUCUAUGAAUUUCUAUCUAUUUUUCCCUAGCUAUCUAGCUAACUGA